UCUCUUGUUCGGGUACGAAGACCCUCGAUGCCAUUUUUUCAAACGAAGAAAACUGAAACCGAUUCCCCUUGAUUCCAUUAUUAUUCGUUGAACUGAACUGUGAGAAAAACGAAGAGAGCAAGUUCAAUGGCGGGUGAUAGCAAUCGUAGCUUGAGACUGCUAUGCCGUUCAAAGCAACUGAACAAAGGAUCCGACCCGGGAAUCCAAUACUGGCUAAUCGGAUCCCCAUUCUUCCCCCCACUCACCGUUGCUUCCUUCCUCCGAUGCAUUCAUACCCUCUCCUCCUCCUCUUCCCCAGAAUUACAAAAGGAAUCGGAGGACCUUCGGACACUCAUCUUGAAAGGCUUUGAAGUUAUUGGAGCCGUAGCUUCCGGAGACGAUACCAAUGCUCGUGCGGCCGUAGAAGCUGCACGUGCAUUGAGGAAGUUUCUUUACGGCGAAGGAACAGAUCCUCCGGUCAUCGGAGCUGUUGCCGGUGAAAAUUCUGGUGAGCUUCGUUUUUUUGUGUCCGAGAGUAGAAACGCGACGAGCCUUGAAUCUGUUGCGUCGAUCGUACAGGAAGAACAUCCGGAGAAGUAUGUGUGGGAGAAUGGUUGCUUACUUCAUUGUGAGCUUCCGUUAAAGUUGCCACUGUAUUACCCACUAAAAAAUCCAACUGCAGAUGUUGAGAAAGCAUAUACACAGGCAACUGAAGCUGUUAUUGCCAAGUUAAGAGAUCCUCAGGCUGUGUACAUGUUAGAAACUUCAAACAAAUUCUCUCAGGAUAUACCUUCACCUGUCAUAAUUAGAGGUCUACAAUUAGACUUCCAGACAGACCUCUACAAGAUCAAGCCUUUGGCUGAGGGUGAUGAUGGCUUUGAUGCAAGCUCACUAUCAUGUUCAUAUUUUUCCAUCAGCAGUAAAGCAGGCCCACCAGUUUUUUCUGCAGAGAAUGCAGAUACUAUCCAAGUUAGUGUUCUCUUUAAUAGCUUAGGAUCAUCAUCAGCUUCUAUCGUGCCUUUUGCAGAAUAUAUUCCAGUCCAGGAAGAAACUAAACUACUUGUUGUGGAUAUUAAGCUAGAUGUACUCUGCUAUUCUUCCAGGGCACUUCCACUGAAAUAUGCAGUUUCAAAUUUAAUCAUCCUCGGCUUAGUUGAUCAGUUAAAUAUAUUGGAGAACUUGAUGUUACCUAACCUUUUGGCACAACAUGCUCGGCUAAAAUCUUAUCACUUUAGUCCUCCUGGGAUUCUGCAUCCAAUAACUGUUUUCUAUGAACUGAGUUUUGGGGAGACAGAAAUGAAGCAAGUUGAAGUUAGAAGAUCCUUGCACUCAAGGUUGGGACUACCUUAUGAUCGUCCCCUUCUAAGAAUAUCUAAUGCCUUGGAUUUUUCAAAAUUGAUGAACAAUAGUAUUGUCUCUCUACGGAAAGGUUCGUCUUUGCUCAGAGAUGUACACAUUGGGAUUCCAAGCAGUGGUGUUUCUGGGGGAACUGUUUCCCUUCUUCAAGGUUCCUAUGAAUACUUCCAUUAUCUCCAGGAUGGUUUUAAUGAUUCGGGAUGGGGUUGUGCAUACCGCUCUCUCCAGACCAUCAUUUCAUGGUUCAGACUUCAAAAUUACACGUCUAUAGAGGUUCCUUCUCAUAGGGAAAUACAACAGACACUUGUUGACAUUGGUGAUAAAGAUCCUUCAUUUAUUGGGUCACGAGAGUGGAUUGGUGCCAUUGAAUUGAGCUUUGUUUUGGACAAACUUCUGGGUGUUACUUGCAAAGUCAUCAAUGUUCGAUCUGGAGCUGAGCUUCCAGAAAAAUGUCGAGAGUUGGCAUUGCACUUUGAGAACCAAAGUACACCUGUUAUGAUUGAAAUCAAACUUCAUUCUGACAUCACUGAGAAGCUGGUGUGUUCAACAAAGUCGUAGCUCAGCAAGCUGGAACCCUCGUCCCCAAUUCCAGUGGCAGGGAUGCUCUUCCCCUCCCUUGUCAUUGCUGAAGUCAGGAUUCUCCUUUGAAAUGAAAAAGGAGUAGUUCAUGCAAAUUGUUUGACUUUGUCAGCGGUAGCCUUGACCUCUUUGGAUUGGCAACAUUUUGGCCCUGGCAGAGACAAUUGAUGGGAGGUUGCUACAGGCUGGCUCAACCCUACUCCUUGUUGAUGAGGUGGAGAAUGGUGCAAGGGAACUUGAUGAGUACUUCUUCAGCGGCAGCAGGAGUGAUCUUGUCAGGGUCUUUGAUGAGCUCACUGACAUCAAUUGAGGAAUAGAGGGAGGAGGAAUUAUGGUUGGAGAGGAAUGAUGAGCAUGUGUCUUGUUUCUAAUCAAUUACCUCUUGGUACAGGGAAUUUCUCUGGUUUGGCAUUUCCAAUGGCAGUUCACUGAACCAAAACCAGUUUUCGGUUAUGUAAUACAACUGUUUUUAUUCGUGUCAACCAAGCAAUAUACCUAGUACAGGGUGGCUUGAAAGUUGAAAUUCACUUUGAUGAGUUAUGUUUGUCUUUAUUGCUCUUGAGGAUUUUUCGGUAAGGAAGCUGGGACUAACGAUAGCUCUCAUAACACUUCGGUUUCUAAAUGCAGGUGGUGGUGUACUUGCAUAUACACUCUUGGGAGUGGACUACAAUGAAGCAAGUGGAGAUUGCGCAUUUUUAAUUCUUGAUCCACACUAUACAGGUACGGAUGAUCUAAAGAAAAUAGUCAGCGGGGGAUGGUGUGGGUGGAAAAAGGCUGUUGAUAACAAAGGAAAGAAUUUCUUCUUGCACGAUAAGUUUUAUAAUCUACUACUGCCGCAGAGGCCCAACAUGGUUUGAGACCGAAAUUCUAAUGAAGGGAACUAACUCCCAAUUAAUACCCAAUUUCUUGCAAUGGAAGAAUAAUUUUUCACUACGUAACGUGUGGUUGGGACUGGAGGUAAUUCAUUGCCUCACUUUUCGAUUAUUGAUGUUCUGUAAUUGGCAUUCUGCGAUUAUAACUAAGCUUUAUCGGCCCUCUCUCUCUCUGGGCCUGAAUCUUCUGUCGAGUCACUUGGGCAAACGGUGUUUCGAACGUGGGAAACGUAGGAUAACUCCAUUUUCAUUAAAUACAUUUUCAAAUUUCAAGCCAUUCGAUACAGAUGGUAAG